UACUCCACUUCUCUCACUAGCAUCUUGCUGGAUUUGAAAGGUUAAUAACUCUAACCAAAGUUUAGAUUGGAAAAUUUAUAACGGUUCGGUUUAUAAUACCGGUUCAGGUGACAACCAAUUUAAACGAAGACAAAGACAGCGUGGUUUACGCAUGUUACCCGACACUAUCAUUUUCUCUCUCUUUCUCUCUCUUCUCUUCUCUCUCUCUCAGUUACAGCAGCGAAGAAGCUAGCAGAGAGAGGAGGAGCCAAACAUCAAAUGGCUCCAAACACUUUCGCCACGAAGCUAAGCAGAAACACAAACAGAAUCACAGUGAUCUUAGUCUACGCCUUCCUCGAAUGGCUCCUCAUGCUCUUCAUCUUCCUCCACUCCCUCUUCACUUGCUUCCUCGUCAAGUUCGCAUCUUUCUUCGGCCUCAAGCAAAUCUGCCUCCUCUGCCCGAAGCUAGAUCGAAUCCUCCCCCACCGAAACCCGGAUGACAGAUUUACUUACAGAGAGCUGCUGUGUCCGAGCCACGUGGCGGAGCUCGCGAGUCUCGGUUUCUGCAGAACGCACGGGAAGCUGUUGUUAUCAGAGUCGGCGAGCUUGUGCUCGGAGUGUUCGGAUCGAGAGGAGAGAGGCAACGUUGGUUUAGGGUUUUGCUCUUGCUGCGAGAAGAGCUUGGGAGAGAGACGGUACCCUAGUUACUUGCUUAUCAAGUCAUCGGUUUGGGGGAAGACUCUUGUGGACAGAGAGAACAGAGGAUUGAUCUUGGAGAUGAUUGACGAUGACAAGAUUGGAGAUGGGUUCGAGAUAGGGAGAGGAUCUGAUGGUUUCUUCAGGGAGAAGGCAGAAGAAGAGGAAGAAGGGAAGAGAGGAGAGCAGCAGCAGCAGAAUGGUGAAGUGAUCUCAGAUGUGGAUAGCUAUGGUGUAAGCUUAAGAGAGGUGUCUGAAGAGGAUGGGUUAAGAUCUAUUCACAGCAGUCAUUUCCUUGGGAACGAAGAUGAGAUCCAUGAAGCUGAACCAAGAGUUCCAGAGAAUGAACAAAGGGAUGAUGAUAAUGACAUUGAAGAUGUUGCUGUAGAAGGUGUAGACAAAACUUCAGGAUGUGUGGAAGAAGUAGAAGAAACAGAAAGAGAAGUCUUGUUGGAUGAUCAGCAUGGAAGCAACAACAGUGAAGAUCUAUCUGUUGGAGUUGAUACUCUUGUAACAGGUAACCAAAAUGAAGAAGAAGAAGAGACUAAGGAGUAUCCGGAAACUCCAACUUCGGAGAGUAGUUUACUCCACAAGAAACUUCUUUUUCUUCCCAAAAACGAUUACUUAGCUGCUGAAGAUGCAAGAGAUGUGAGCGUAGUAGCAGUGAGUGAUACGGACGGUGACGACCCUAUAAGGACAAUCGAACGUCUGAGAGAGACAGUGAGAUCAGAACAAGAAGCGCUGAGAGGUUUAUACGCAGAGCUGGAAGAAGAAAGAAGCGCGUCUGCGAUAGCAGCUAACCAGACAAUGGCGAUGAUCACGAGGCUGCAAGAGGAGAAAGCCAAAGUUCAGAUGGAGGCGUUGCAGUAUCAGAGAAUGAUGGAGGAGCAAGCCGAGUACGACCAAGAAGCCUUGCAGCUGCUGAAUCAUCUGAUGGUUAAACGAGAGAAAGAGAAGGAAGAGCUUCAGAGAGAGCUUGAUGUUUGCAGGGCCAAGGUUUUGCAGUAUGAGAAGAACAAAACCAAAUGCGAGUCUGAUGAUGGUGAUGGUGAUGGUGAUAAGAAGGAGGAGGAUAACUGUUCUGAGACGGAUGUGGAUUUGGAGAAGAUAACAUUGGACUGCGUAACGCACAUGGGGAUGCUUGAUGAGUCUUUAUCAGAGUUUGAGGAAGAGAGGUUAGUGAUUUUGGAUCAGCUCAAGGUGUUAGAGGACAGGCUACUAACAAUGCAAGACAAAGAAUCUGCAGGAGAGUUCAGCAAUAGUUACGAAGGAGAGAGUUAUCAUGAACACGAAGGAGGACUAACAAUGGCAUCAAUGGCAAAGAGUCUGCUUCCUCUUCUAGACGCUGCAGAGAACGAAUCAGAAGAUGAUGAGUACCAAGAACAACAUGAAUCAGUUGGAAAGAGUGUUGGUUCGGAAAGCGAGAAGCUAGAGAUCAUCAAACAAGUUGAUAGUGUAUAUGAGAGGCUACAGGUGCUUGAAACAGAUGGAGAGUUUAUGAAGAGCUGUAUGAGUUCGGCUAAGGAUGGUGACAAAGGAACGGAUCUUCUUCAAGAUAUAUUGCAGCAUCUUCGUGAUCUCAGAAACAUUGAACUCACUGCUGACACGAUCGACAACCAGAAGACGCAUGAGGAAUGAAGUUCAGUUAUACAAGACUUUGUUACCAUUAUUCAGACAGGUUUCAAGAACAGGAAUCAAUGUCUUGCUACAGUGCUCAAUGGAGGAGGAUCUGAGAGUUAUAGAAAUUCUUAGAUGUGUUUCUUAUGUUGUGUCUUUUUGUUUUUGUUUGGAGUAAACAAAAAGGGACCUGUCAUGGAGUCAACAAAAAGGUUUCACAUUAGUCUUUGCAGUUGGACCUGUCAUGUAAAUUGUUUGUGUUUCCUUUAGUUUUGAAGUUAAGUUGGAAAGAAAAAAAAGAGAAUAUGUUUUGAAUC